AUGAAGAUCUACCUCCAAGCACUUGGUUACGAUCUUUGGAACAUUGUUGAGAUAGAAUUCACAAAGCCAACCACUCCAUACACCGAAUGGACACUUGCUCAAAGAACAAAUGUGAAUCUGGACUCCAAGGCAAUGGAUGCGUUGUUUUGUGCAUUGGACAAGAAUGAAUUCAACCGCGUGUCUACUUUCACUUCAGCCCAUCAAAUUUGGCAUACAUUAGAGGUAACACAUGAAGGUACAAAUAAAGUUAAAGAAUCUAAAAUCUAUGUUCUUGUGCACAUGUUUGAAUUAUUCGAAAUGAAGGAACAUGAGAUGAUCUCUGAAAUGAUUAGAAAAUUCACCGACAUCACCAACUCUCUAAUUGCUCUUGGAAAAGAAUAUACACAAUUAGAGAUGGUGAGAAAAGUACUUCGAGCACUCACACCGGAAUAG